AUGAACAAAAGUCCCUCUCUGGACAAUCAUUCACAAGAUAUUCAACAUGAUGAUGUCUGGACUAUAAUUAGCUCUUAUUUUGAACAAAAAGGCCUGGUUCGUCAGCAGUUGGAUUCGUUUGACCAAUUUGUCAGAGUCAAAAUGCAAGAAAUCGUGGACGAGAAUCCUCAGAUCAUUGUGCAGUCGACACCAACUGCUGGAUCCUCUGCCGUAAGAAGAAUGGUUAUAAAAUUUGGACAGAUAUAUGUAACAAAGCCACCUGUUUACACCGAAAGCGAUGGCCGAUCGAUCACUCUGUAUCCAAGCGAAGCAAGAAUUAGAGACUUAACAUAUGCGUGCAAUAUUUACAUUGAUGUUACUAAAAUAGUUGAGAACGAGUUUGGAGAGAGAGAUGAGCACAAGUUCAGCAGAACAAGCUUGGGACAGCUUCCGAUCAUGCUAAGAUCUAGCUGCUGUAUCUUGCAUGGACUAACAGAAAAGGACAUCGUUCAGAUUGGGGAGUGUCCGUACGACCAGGGGGGAUAUUUUAUUGUAUCAGGAAGUGAGAAAGUGAUUGUUGCACAGGAGAGAAUGGCUUCGAACACCAUCCACAUUUUCAAGAAGUCGCAGCCAGCACCCUAUACCCAUUACUCUGAAAUUCGAUCUGUGCCCGAAAAAGGAUCAAGGACGCCCUCUGCCUUUUCAAUAAAAGUUAUGAGGAAUCCGAGGGUUAUAAGGGCGUCACUGCCUCUGGUGAAACAGGAUAUUCCGAUAGCCAUCAUUUACAGAGCAUUGGGGUUUUUGAGCGACCGGGAAAUCAUCAGCCACAUUAACUUCGACAAUGACGAUGCUAUUUACUCAUUCCUGGCGCCUAGUCUUGAAGAGGCAUCCGUAGUGCAGGACCAGCUUACUGCUCUUGAUUUUAUUGGUAAGAGAAGCGCACCUGUUGGGUCACCACGCGAUAAGCGAGUACAGUUUGCCAGAAAUCUUCUGGCCAAGGAGUUUCUCCCGCACAUUGGCACUCAAGAAUUUUGUGAGACCAAGAAAGCGUAUUUCCUAGGCUAUAUGAUCAGUAAGACACUGAAUGUCGUUCUUGACAGAAGAGAAGUUGACGAUAGAGACCACUGUGGAAAGAAGAGAAUGGAUCUUGGAGGGCCUUUGCUUGCGUCGUUGUUUAAAAUGCUUUUUAAAAAGCUGUGUGCCGAAACUGCCAAGCACAUGCAGAAAUGCAUUGAAAACAGCAGGGACUUUAAUAUUGCGCUGGGCAUAAAGAGCAGCACCAUAACACAGGGAUUUAGGUACGCAUUGGCCACAGGAAACUGGGGCGACCAGGCCAGGGCCAUGCAGACGCGUGCAGGAGUGGCACAGGUUCUUAAUAGAUACAACUUUCUAUCUACUCUAAGCCAUCUCAGACGUGUGAAUACACCCAUUGAAAAAGAGGGCAAGCUUGCCAAGCCCAGACAGCUCCACAACACCCACUGGGGACUCAUUUGUCCGGCAGAAACGCCGGAGGGACAUGCGUGUGGCUUGGUUAAGAAUCUGAGUUUAAUGGCUUAUAUUUCGGUUGGAAAGUCGUCCGCACCUAUUAUUGAAAUACUUGAAGAAUGUGGAGUUGAAAGGCUUGAAGAAGUGUCGUGCAUUAGGGGCACGAAGUAUUUGUUAAUGGACUGUGGCUGGGCAUCCAUUCCAAUCCAGCCGAACUUGUUGAGAAUCUCAGAAACCUUAGGCGGUCGCAGGAAAUAG